GUAAAGCCUGGCUUGAUUGACAUGCCUCAGGCUGUCUGUGAUGGUGCGCAACAACUGCGCAAUAAAGCUACUGGCCGGGCUACGGCAGCCAGAGACUGGAAACGGGUGUGGGCCCAUGAUUUACUGUCUGAGUCAGACAAUGAUGGGGAUGAGGGGUCGGAUGACCAUUACUCAGAUACCUACGGGGACGAGACCUCAGGAG